UUUUCCCUCCUCUUUCUUUUUGGUUUCCCCGCAUACCCCCGGCUCCUUCAAACUUUUUCAGGGGGUUAGAUCUUCGUUCUGUCUCACCUCAUAUAGAGAAGAGGGGAGCACAAAAGGCCCUUGUCACUCACUCAUUCGCUCAUAGCACAUGCAUACUAGUUGGUUCCUACGCUGCCGUCUCAUUAUAUCCUCGGCCAGAUCCAUUUCAUCUGCAUCGUCGUGUUCCACCAGUGCACAGAUCUUCCCAAAGAAGCUGGGCUUGAGUUCAAGUACUUUAAUUUUCUCCAAUCCACCCAAACGCCCCUUCUCCACUUUACCUGUAUCAAAACUUGGCGGACCGAGGAAGGCUUCAUCUUUUUGGACGAUCACAUUCACAUUAGCUAUCGUCUGUGGUGCGACCUGGAUUCAGGAUAAAUACCGCCAUCCUGGAAGCGAUUCUCAUCUCAUUACGAAUACUCCGGAUUCUGAACAAAUCAAACCUCCCUUUCUUGGUGCAAUUGAUACCCUUAAAACCAUGCCUAUCGAAGCCGCCCCCGGAACUGUGGGUAACCUCACCCCAGAGCAGGAAGUCAAGCUCCAGGAGUUUUGGAUCCUGCUGCUGAAGGUGUGUGGUAUCAACGUGGAACAUAUCGAAUCGAAUGGUGAUGCCGCCGCUCCCCCAAGUCCUUCAUCACAGAAGAAACAACCACCACCACCGAAGCGGAGGUUCACCUUCUUCGGCGGUGGGGGCAACGACACCGUGGAUGACGCCGCAAGCACCAAGUCAACCAACGGGAUUACAAACAGUAUCUCUUCCAUCAACAUUACCGAUGGUGAUGACAAAUAUGGACAGUCGAAGGAGUUCCAGCAAGCACUCACAGACAUGAAGCCGGAGGAAAUCCGGCUCACUCUGUGGAACAUGGUUAAGCAAGAUAACCCUGACUCCUUGCUUCUUCGCUUCCUUCGGGCGCGCAAGUGGGAUGUCAAAAAGGCACUGAUUAUGUUGAUCUCUACGAUCAGAUGGAGAUUGCAAGACGUGAAAGUCGACAAUGAUGUCAUGAAGAAUGGCGAACUGGUAGCUCUAGAACAAUCCAAGAGUUCAGAUCCUGCCGAGAAGAAGAAGGGCGAAGAGUUCCUGGCGCAGAUGCGCAUGGGCAAGAGCUUCAUGCAUGGUGUCGACAAGGCCGGCCGGCCGAUUGUGGCUAUCAGAGUGCGCUUGCACAAGCCAUCCGACCAAAGCACCGAUACUUUAGAUCGAUUCACAGUGUACACCAUUGAGACCGCCCGGAUGAUGCUUUCUCCUCCUGUCGAAACAGCUUGUGUUGUCUUUGAUAUGUCCAACUUCUCUCUAGCAAACAUGGACUACCAUCCCGUUAAAUUCAUGAUUAAGUGCUUCGAAGCCAACUAUCCUGAAUGCUUGGGUGUUGUGCUUAUUCACAAAGCCCCUUGGAUCUUUUCAGGAAUCUGGAAUAUCAUUAAGGGGUGGCUUGACCCCGUGGUCGCAUCCAAGAUCAACUUCACCAAGAAUGUCCAGGACCUUGAAAAGUUCAUCCCCAAGGACCGCAUUUAUAAAGAGCUUGAGGGCGAUGAGGACUGGGAAUAUAAUUAUGUGGAGCCCCAGGCCGGCGAAAAUAAGACUAUGGAAGAUACGGCCAAGCGCGAUGAGUUGAUCAAGGAAAGACACCAGCUUGCCCAAGAGCUUCAGGAUGUCACGGUUGAGUGGAUCUCCGCUAGCAGAAAGAAGGAUGACGAGGCCAGCAAAGCUGCUGUGGAGAAAAGAACGGCUCUCAUUGAGCAGUUGAGGGCUCAAUACUGGGUGCUCGACCCAUACAUUCGCGCCACCUCUCUAUAUGACCGACUGAACGUUCUUCAGGGCGGUGGAAAGGUUGAUUUCUACCCGUCUGAAGCCAAAGUGAAUGGAACCGCCACAAAUGGUACUUCCUGAUAGACUGUACGUCAUUUUUUGUGUUGGAUUUCGUUGAUAGAACGGCAGUUUAUUAUUCAGUAUCAUGCGUGCAUCAUGUAUAUAAUGGGAUUAUUUGUGUUCAUGCAAUAUCAGUGCCAAAUAUGAUCUUCUCUUUUUGACUACUGUACAAAA